AUUGAGCUCUAACAGCAGGCAGAAGCCUUCUCUGGACUAAUAUGAAGUAGAUAUCUGUCAACAAACUAACGCAGCUACAUUUCGACAAUUUGGACUAUUUUAACGCAUAAAGGAUAUCAUGCAUUGACACCAGACCUGAGAUUCAACGUAGAAAUGCUACAUAUGUUAUGAUUGUUUUGGACCGAUGAGCACGUAUCAAUAUCUCUUCAUUGUAGAGUUGACUCGCUAGCUAGCUCGGUGGCUAGCAGGGUUAGCUAGAGGACUUUUUGAGUUUGACGGCAGCUAAUUAAGCUUCGCCUGCUACCUUUUCUUUUAUCUAAGGUGCCAGCUACAGGUUGUUUGGACAGUUUGGUGCCUCCAUAAGUUCCUGCCAUGGCUGACAGCAGCAUACUGACUUUAGGGACAGCUCGGAGUCUGCUGGUGGAUUCUUCUAUCUGUGAUUCGAGGAUCGCUGAAACCACCAAGGACCAUCUGUUCCUGGGCAUGGCAUAUGAAGAUGGGGAAGAUAUGCUGCCAAAAGUGCAGACGAGGGUUAUUCUUGUGGGAGAAGCUGGCAGAAAUGGAGCGCUGGUCAAAGCACUGCAGGCCAUCAGAGCAAUGGAGGUACCGGUGGUAAAGAUAAGAGAAGGCGAGGCGGGCGCCGAGGAGAAAACCAUGAUAAAAUCUAUAGUCAAUAUGGACAUCAACACCCCUUUCAUAAUGACAGACAGCGUCCAUGAGUUUGCAGAUGGAGAGAACACCGAUUUUGAGACGGUGUUCGUCCUUUCAGACUUUGAUUCUCCCGACUACAGCUACCUCUACAAACGGGACAACCGCAUCGUCGGGCCUCCUGUCGUGCUACGCUGUGCUGCAAAUGUGGAACCUCUCCAGUUUUCAUGUCGCCCUCUCUACUCCGCCACCAUGCUGAACCUUUCGCUGUGCUUCACUGGCUUCAGGAACAAAGAGGAAAUUAAGAACUUGGUGAAUCUGGUUCAUCACAUGGGGGGGACCAUCCGGAAAGACUUCAGCACCAAGGUUACUCAUCUCAUCGCCUACUCCACACAUGGAGAGAAAUACAGGCUGGCAGUGUGCAUGGGGACGCCGAUUCUCACUCCAUCAUGGAUUCAUAAAGCCUGGGAGAGAAGGGAAGACGUGGUCUUCUACGCAGGAGAAGAGGAGUUCCGUACAGAGUUCAAAGUGCCUCCCUUCCAGGACUGCGUCCUCAGUUUCCUGGGGUUCUCCGCUGAAGAGAAGGCCAACAUGGAGGAGAGGACGCUCAAACAUGGCGGCACUUAUCUUGAGAUUGGAGAUGAGCCCUGUACACACAUGGUGGUGGAGGAAAACUCAGUCAAGGAGCUGCCAUUUCCCCCCUCCAGUAAACUCUUUGUGGUCAAACAGGAGUGGUUCUGGGGAAGCAUACAGAUGGACGCCCGGGCCGGAGAGUCCAUGUACCUCUACGAGAAGAACGACAGCCCGGCCAUGAAGAAGGCCGUGUCCCUGCUGUCCCUCACCACCCCAAACAGCAACCGCAAGCGCCGUCGUCUCAGGGACACGCUGGCUCAGCUCACCAAGGAGACAGAGAUCUCUCCCUUCCCCCCGCCUCGCAAGAGACCCUCGGCAGAGCACUCCCUGUCCAUGGGCUCUCUGCUAGACAUCUCCAACACCCCCGACUCCUGCAAGGCGUUGGCAGGAGACAGAGUAGGGAUCAGUUCAGAGAGCAAUGCUGUGGCCAGGAAUAAAAUGAUAAGGAGGAGAACCAGGGAAAGGAGGAGUAGGACAGACAGGGAAGAGAGGAGGAGGAGGUCCUACCUGGGGACCCUUCAACAAGCAGAGGAGCAGCAGACAGGAACCUCAGAGAGCUCCAAGCCUUCCAAGAGUUCCACUCCGGUUGUUUCCAAGCAGUCAGCCAGGUGGCAGGUCUCCAAGGAGCUCUACCAGACUGAGAGCAACUACGUGGACAUUUUAAACACCAUCAUACAGCUUUUCAAAGUUCCAUUGGAAAAAGAGGAGCAGGUGGGAGGACCCAUCCUGGCUCAAGAGGAAAUGAAGACGAUAUUUGGCAGCAUCCCAGAAAUCCACGAUGUUCACACUAGAAUCAAGUGCGACCUGGAGGAUCUGCUGACAGACUGGUCAGAUGACAACAGUGUGGGAGACAUAAUUCUCAAAUAUUCUAACGAGCUGGUGAAGGCCUACCCUCCCUUUGUCAACUUCUUUGAAAUGAGCAAGGAGACGAUUGUUCGCUGUGAAAAACAAAAGCCACGCUUCCAUGCUUUCCUCAAGAUCAACCAGUGCAAGCCAGAGUGCGGCCGGCAGACCCUGGUGGAGCUGCUCAUCAGACCUGUACAGAGACUGCCCAGUGUGGCCCUCCUCCUUAAUGACAUAAAGAAGCACACGCCAGAUGACAACCCAGACAAGAAAAAGCUGGAUAAAGCAAUCGAGUCUCUGAAAGAAGUCAUGACUCACAUCAAUGAGGACAAGAGGAAGACUGAAGGCCAGAAGCAGAUCUUUGAUGUGGUGUAUGAAGUGGACGGCUGUCCUGCCAACCUGCUGUCCUCCCACCGCAGUCUCGUUUAUCGAGUAGAAACCAUCGCCCUGGGAGACCAGCCUUGUGAUCGCGGGGAACAAGUCACACUCUUCCUCUUCAAUGACUGCCUCGAGAUUGCGAGGAAACGACACAAGGUGAUCAAUACGUUUAAGAGCCCGCUGGGACAGACCAGACCCCCACCCCCGCUCAAACACAUCGCCCUGAUGCCGCUGUCGCAGAUUCGAAGAGUGCUGGACCUGCAGGACACAGAGGAGUGUGCGAAUGCGUUCGCCCUGGUGGUUCGCCCUCCGACCGAACAGGAGAACCUAUUGUUCAGCUUCCAACUGGCCGGAGAGGAGACGGUUAAAGUGGCCUGGCUGCGAAUGCUUUGCCGCCACGUCGCCAACACCAUCUGCAAGGCUGAUGCGGAGGACCUGAUCCAGAGCACAGACCCUGACAAGCUCCAGGUCAGCACCAAGGAUAUGGACAGCACCCUGAGCAAAGCCUCCAGGGCCAUCAAGAAGACCUCUAAAAAGGUGACGAGGGCGUUUUCCUUCACUAAGACCCCGAAGCGGGUGAUCCAGAGGGCGUUCAUGGCCAACAACACUCCUGAUGAGAAAAGGCUGAGUUGUGAAAACCGCAUCGGCAGCAGCUCCACUCUGGCUAUGUGUCGCUCUACCUCCACGUUCAGUUUGAGCGAUUCUGCCAAGGGCAGUGCCAUGGUGCAGCGCUCUAACUCCCUGGACCACCCUCCCGUCAGAGCCAGGGUUCCCGUCUGUAUCCGUACCCCCUGCAGCCCAGCACGUAGCCCCGUCCGUAACGCUGCCCCUGAGAGCAGCCAAAACCUGUCCCCUAAAUUUUACCCAAGCACCCGAGAAUCCAGGUCCAUCCUUCAUGCUCCAUUAUCCCAACCAGCACAAGCUCAGUCAGGCCCCCACACUUCCCGACAGUCAUCUUCAGCACACCCAUCCUCCCCUUCUAUUCCAGCUUUCCCAAACUCCCGUCCAAAGUCUAGACAGCAUGUGUCAAGGCACUUCCCGUCUGUAGGGUUCCAGGCCAGGUUCCCGGCUCAGCAGCCCGUUUAUGUCAAAGGCAGGGAACCCCAAGCCCCCCUGGACCCACGCAAGGCUGCCAUGACCAGUCCUCGCAGGGAGACCCUGCUCUAAACCAGCGCUAAACGCAGCCCUGGACUCUGAUGCCCGCCAUUCCCCCUCCAUGGUCAACCUGCAUUCCAUGUUUGAGAAGAAGUACCACACCUUCAGCCGAUCAACCACCCACCUCAUCUGAGACACUGAGCACCAAUAGAGGCCACACACUUUUAUUUGUAUUCACCUCCUUUGCCUUUGACUGCCACUAACAGACAGACCUGACCAAACAGGUUAUUGAGUCUAACGUGGAAGCUAUCUGUGAAAUAUGGCAAACUAGCAUUUGUCCAUACAACUAGAAGCUCCUCCCAGACUCAGCGAAAAAUGACAUUUGGAUUCAGAAAUUCCAGCUACUGUUAAAGUGCUUCAUCGCUGAAACUUGGGACCCAGAAGGGCUUAGAACAAUCAAUUCUACCAUUCAGCUGGUAGAAAAGUGCAUCUGACAGGGCAGUUUGAUGCAUUAUUCCAAACAUGCACAACGCUGUCGCUAGCGGCUAGCUGGAACGGUACGGCGCCAUGCUACAAGCUUGUCUUACUCUUAAAUAUGAAGGAUGCUCUGCUUUUAGUCUGUGUUAGUAAACAGAUUAUCUUUAACAUACAUAUUUCUUUUGCCUAUGUACUUCAACUGACACAUCUUGGGUUUAUACUUUACCUGUUCAGCUUCCAGUUUAGUUAGCAUCUUUGCAGUGUGAACGCUAACUCUGGAGCAAGUAAACAUCCCGUCUGUCGCUGUAUGCUUGUCUCCUGAGCGUGGGGAAAGUUGGUUUGCAUUUAAUGGUAGACGUGCAGGUAUUGUUGUGUGUUGUGUACAAGUUAAACCUCUCUUUUCCUUUUUCAAUGACCUUUUUCUCUGAGAGUUUUUCAUAAUAACUGACAUUUAAUGUUGUUUUAUCGUAGUGGGGUAGACUUGAUUUCCCCUGUUUUAUAAUAUUGCUCGUGAUUUGUAAUUAACCUGCGUUUAACAUUUAGUUUCCAGCUUUUAUAAAGCUUCUAUUUUAACAUUUAAGAGAUUCAGUUGAGACCUAUUAGUUCUUUUGUGCUUGCUCUCUGAACGACCGUCCACGUUUUUAAAUAUCUUUUAACAAUGUAUCUGUUUAAGGAGUGCUGCGUCAGUGUACAUAUUUAUUUUUGAAGAUUUUUUGUUUCUUUUUUCACUUUCUAUUUAUGUUAUUUUCUAUUUGUGUCUGUUUUCCUCUUAUGCUGUUUACAAGCUACAGCUGUCUCUGUUUGUUUAAUCCUUUUAUUAAAUGCACUUAAAAAUGUA